UGUCAGAAGAUUCUCGGACGGGCGCUCGCGCUAGUGGCAAUGGCUUUGGGGACUCGUACUCUAGACUGGUUUUUCUUUGCCUCCUUUAUUGUGCACAUUGCCGUCACGGGAGUCAAUGUCCUGCUGCUGAUGCGUGUGUUCUUCAAGGGUGUGCUGCCGGAAUCGGUUGAAGAGUUCACGAUAUCGGGCGCAAAAGAUGUGUUCGACCCGCUCGUCCCGCAGGAGAACCCACCCGUAUGGUUCCUGGUGAUCAUCGUCAACGAGAUCGUUUUCCACUUGCCGCUCUUCUUCCUGGCCGUGCUGGCUUUCUACAGUCAAUCUGCUAAAUAUAACUGGAUCCGAAUUCCGUGCAUGCUGUAUGCAGCGCAAGCACUCGCGAGUAUACAACAGGUGAUGGGCGAGGUGCUGUUGAUCGACUACACUAACCAGGAGCUAGGGCCGAAAACGCCGGCACAACGGCGAGUCUGGCUUGGUAUCAAUCUACCGUUCCUGAUAAUGCCAUUGCUGUUGUUAGUCCGUACCUCUUUGAGUACGCAAAUGUGGUCUCCUAAAGUCAAGACACAAUAACGUGCCAGUGAACUUUUUUUGUCCCGUAAUGGGUUUAUAGUUCAGAGAAUUACGCUUCAGGAAAGAAAUUUUCCCGUCGUCUGAUACCGGCUGAUAGUUCUUAAUGCCGCCAAACCGAGCUGGACUCGGUGCUGUGAGGUGCUUACCUCUCUCCUAUUUGUAAUUCGGAACGUGUGCUGGGAAACAUAGCUCAACAGACUCUCAGGCAUACUCUCUACAUGUGCAUCGCUCUAUACUCUGGAAUAUUGAGCAUUCUAUUUCAGCUGUAUCGAAUGGCUCUGCCUAUUAUUGGGGACCUGUGCUUAGUCACGACCAGCACACGGUACAGAGAAAACAGGUCUUUUAAAAAGGACAGGUGGUCCCUAUAGAUAGAUCAUGGUGUAUAGUAAGGCAUGGUGCGGAGCCCAGCUGAGAUGAUCGGUUCCGUGCAAGCGGUCUCUUACCACAGCAGUGUACGUGUACUGUGACGUUGUUCUAACUUACACCAGAUCUAACUUUUGGCUUUAUACAAUUGUAGCCAUGUCUUAGGUGCCUUGAUGCCUCUAGGUUGAUGACUUGACCUUGGGAUUUUUCAUUGAUAAAGAGCUCGGCACAAGUUAGAAGCUACCAAUGAACUGGCAGGCAGUCAACAACCUCACACGUUUUCUUCUAUUAUCUUGUUACUGUGGUGGACUGUUGCUCAUGAAUCAUACUGCUAUGUAGUAUCCAUUGGCCCGGGUCCCUUCUCCUAUUCUCUUAAAUUUUGAAUUUUGAAGUUGGCUCGGUAUCGUGCCAAUUAUUUUGAUGCUCUAAUGUAUGCUGUUUUGGCUUGCAUUUGGUUGAUUUACAGUACAUGUACAUGUACGUCAAAGUG